AUGAAAUAAUCUAUAUUAAGAUAAAGAAAAGGAUCCUUUGAUUCUUAACUUAAUAUUUCAUUAUUUCAAUCAAAUUUUAUAACAGGUGAUUUGAAAAAAUAAGUUGAUGAUGAGAUUAUUAAUUAUUAAAUUGAUGAUGAAUUUGAAAUGAUAGAAAAAUGUAAUAUUAUUUAUUAAAUUAGAACCAAAAAAUAUACCUAUAACUUUGUUUAAUAAUGAUUAAUUACAUUAAGUUACUAAAAAAUAAUAUUUAGCUGAUGAUUAAAAAUUAUAAUUAGCAGCUACAUUAAUUCAAUAAAGAGGUAUUCCUUAUUUAAAGUAAAUAUUUAAUCAUAUAUUUAUAGAAGAAAAGCUAUUUGGAUGACUUUUAUUGAAAAAGGAGAUGCUAAAUUAUAUUUUGAUAAGAAACCUCCUUAAAUUGUAGAAGAUUAAAUAUAAAAAGAUGUUCCAAGAAGUGGUUAUGAUGAUAAAAUGAAUUAUAAAAAAUAUACUAAUCUUUUAUAUAGGAUUUUAUGUGCAUAUGCAAUUUAUAAUCCUAAAAUUGGAUAUACUUAAGGAAUGAAUAUUAUUUGUGGAAAGAUUAUUCUAUUAUUAAGCAUUGAUGGAAAUGAUAAAUAAGUAGAAUUAGAUAAUGUUGAAGUUAUUGAAAAUGAAGAAGAAAUGUUUUGGAUGUUUGUACAUCUAAUGAAAUCAAUGGAAGAUUUAUUUAUUUAAGGAGUUCCUGGUAUACAUAGAAGAAUUCAUUAAUUAGAAUAAAUGUUAGAAAAUAGAUGUAAUUAAAUUCUUGUACAUCUAUAAUGUAAUAAUAUUGUAAUUAAAUAUUAAUUAUUUUUAGGAAAACUUAUGCUUUUGUUUUAGUUAAUAUUAUUUUACUAUGUUAAUGUAAAAGUAAGAAAAAAAGUUUACUAGAUUAAUAUUAGAAAUGUUCUUAUUAUAUGGAGAAGCAUUUAUUUAAAAUUUUAUAGUAGGAAUAUUAGAAUUUUAUUCAAUUAGAAUAACAAGAAUGAAUGAAUUAGAAAGAUUAAUGCCAUUUUUUAGAGAUACAAUGUUUACUUCAUAUUAUUAAGAAUUGAUAAAACUAAAGAAACAGAACUAAAUCGUUUAACAUUUUUUAUAAAAUCACUAUUUUGAAAAAGAACCAUAUUUUAUUAAACCCUAAUUCAUUCCUAUAGUAUAAAUUGUAGAAAAAAAAGAGUAAAAGUUAACCCCAAAAAAUAUAUUAAAUCUAUUACAUAAAAAUAUUUUUGGAAAAAUUCUUGGUUAAUGA